AUGGUAUUAUUUACGCACCUAACGAUCAGAUUUAUAGAAAUUAUAACUUCUUGGUUCUUAUGUUACAUGGUAUUUGGUAAGAUGGUAAUAGUUGCUGAAGGUUUAAUUGAUAAAACCAGUGUCCUUAAAAAUCUAACCAAACCUGGAUUUAAUUUUGCGCAACUACUAGCAACUAACGCAAAGUAUUCUCCCAUGACCAAUCAGUGUUCUCUGAGAAUAUAUGGUGGACAAAAAGCUGCCAGAGGCUCUGUACCGUAUCAGGUAGCUUUAAGAAGAGUAGUACAAAGAGGUAGACGAUGGGUCCUUUUUUGUGGAGGAGCAAUUGUUACUCCAAAGCACGUUGCAACAGCAGCACACUGUUUCGAGGCAAUGAGAUUACGACAGACGAGAGUUAUAGCUGGCACUGUGGCAUCCAGUGUGCUGGUGAGGGGAAGAAGUAAAUUUGAGAGACUGGCUUCCCUGAUGGAAAUACAACGUACUGAAACUUGGAGAAAAAUUGCUAAAUGUUAUGAACAUUCGCGAUAUAAUAGAAAGAAAAUAGUUAAUGAUUUUGCUGUAUUACAGAUAGAGAAAGCUUUCAUAUUUUCGAGUGUGGUACAACCAAUCCCCAUAUUGACUGCAAAGGUAGAAGAAAGUGUAAACGUACCGGACGAUACACUCUGCUUGGUUUCAGGAUAUGGCUUAAUGGAAUAUCGUCAACAUUCUCUUACACUCCGAAAAGUUUGUGUGCCAACAGUGUCUUAUGCUUCCUGCGCACGAUUUUAUAGGUUAGCCUCAGACAAAACCCAAGUCUGUGCCGGUAGCAGGGGGAAAGAUAGUUGCCAGGGCGAUUCUGGUGGUCCAAUGACGUGCAAGGGAUAUCUCAUUGGUGUAGUAUCAUUUGGUGGCAAGUGUGGUGAGGCACCUGGAGUCUACACACGCAAAUUUGUGUUUGCAAAGAAAAUAUCAACGUUUGAUAAUAAUACCUUCGAUUUCCGGGAAAUAGUAAAAGAGAAUGAAAGAUAUCCUUCUCUAACGAAUAUAUGUCAGCUGAGAAUAUAUGGUGGAGUAACAGCUACUCGGACUGAUGUACCAUACCAGGUAGCACUAAGAAGAGAAGAAAACGGGGGUCAAUUAUGGAUUGCCAUUUGUGGAGGAGCAAUCGUAACUGAAAAUUAUGUAUUGACAGCCGCCCACUGCCUCGAAAUACCGAGGUCAAACAUAAGGUCAUAUAGAGUAAUUGCUGGAACAAUUCGCUCCAGUGUAUACCUUUUUGGAGAUAUAGCUUCAAGAACAGCGUCACUGCAAGAGUUUCAAGCCAAAGAAACGUGGAGACGAAUUGCUGAAUAUUAUAAACAUGCAUUUUACAAUAGGAAAACGAUUCGCAAUGAUAUUGGUGUUAUUCUGCUAGAUAAGCCUUUAGAGUUUUCGGAAUUUAUCAAACCCAUUCGGAUGAUCAAUGGUGAGACACCGAUAGAAAGCGAAACUCUCUGCACAACUUCUGGUUUUGGUCUCAUGGAAUGGACUAAACCGUCCCCUUUUCUGCGUUAUGUAUGCGUGCCCGUUGUUCCCUUCUACUCUUGCAAAAAACAUCAUGACCCAAUGUUAUAUUCAAGUUAUACACAAAUAUGUGCUGGGUCAUACGGAAAGGAUAGUUGUCAGGGUGACUCUGGUGGUCCGAUGGCGUGCAAAGGACUUCUGGUCGGUUUGGUGUCUUUUGGUGCUAGAUGCGGUGAAGCGCCAGGAGUGUAUACGUUGGUAUCAGGUUACACAUCGGCCGCUAAAGUACCCUUUGUCAAAAGUGGAUCUGUUAAAGUGAAUUUUACAUUUACGUUGACACUGUUAUAUUUGUACAGUGUAUAUUGUCUGGUAUGGUUAUUGACUCAAGUUGGAACCAUGACAGUUAUAUUGAUUUUAUAUACUAUAGAUAUGGGCUAUUGUUAUUUGGAUAUGUCCGAUUUAGAUUUUCGGGAUGUAAUACUGCAAAAUAGAAAGUAUCCUCCUCUAGAAGAUAGAUGCCAUCUAAGAGUAUAUGGUGGUGUAACAGCUGCUGCAGGGGAUAUUCCAUAUCAGGUAGCCAUCAGAAAGCAAAAAAAUCAGGGCCGUGUUUGGUCGGUUUUUUGUGGGGGAGCAAUUGUAACUACGACACAUGUUGUUACUGCCGCGCACUGCUUUGAUUCAUUGGGUCCAGACUUUUUAAACACAACCAGAGUCAUAGCCGGAACCGUCAGUUCUAAUAUAAAUCUGUUUGGGAAUAAAAACGCUCGAAGGGUUCUACUAGAAGAACUUGAAACUACGGAAACUUGGAGACAAAUCGCUGAAUGCUACAUACAUGCUGAUUACAAUAAAGCGAAAAUUCGAAAUGAUUUUGCUGUGCUAGUGCUAGACCAACCCGUAGUAUUUUCAAACACAAUCAAACCUAUACGGAUGGCAGAUUAUAAUACAAAAUUACAAGCCGACACCCCUUGUACUACUUCAGGAUAUGGUCUUAUGGACGGGAGCAAACCAUCUCCUUCACUUCGGUAUGUGUGUAUACCACUUGUUCUUUAUACCAAGUGCAAACAAACUUUUCCCAUCUUACAUUCUAGUUACACUCAAAUAUGUGCUGGUUCCGAAGGAAAAGACAGUUGCCAAGGUGACUCCGGUGGUCCAAUGGCAUGCAAGGGAGUUUUGAUCGGUCUGGUAUCUUUUGGUGCUAAAUGUGGUAAAGCUCCGGGAGUAUACACGCUAAUAUCAGGUUUUACUAAAGGCAACAGAAUACCUUUAGUCAAAAGUUUUUCGACACCAAUGAGUAACGCUGAAGGUUCAAAGAAAAAUAAUAAACCAUUUGAUUUUCGGGACGUAGUACAGGAAAAUAAAAAAUAUACUGGUAUGCCUAAUAUAUGUCAGUUUAGAAUAUAUGGAGGCAUGGUAGCUUCUCAAGACGAUGUUCCUUACCAGGUCGUCAUAAAUAGAAAAUUUAACUUUGAAAAAACAUGGAUAAAUUUAUGUGGGGGAGCAAUAAUCACUAAAAAACAUGUGCUAUCAGCUGCCCAUUGCUUUCAGUCUAAAAGCAGAAAACACCUUCAGGCAAUGAGAGUAGUAGCUGGGGCUGGUCAAUCCACUCUACGUAUUGUUUACGAUAAGUAUAAUAGACGCUCUUUAGUACGACGAUUGAAUGUAACCGGCAUUUGGAGAAGAAUAGCUGAUUGGUAUAACCAUGCGAAGUACGAGAAAAAUACGGUGGUUAACGACAUAGCUGUGUUGGUGCUAGAACAAAAAAUUAAAUUUUCGGAUAAGAUCUAUCCUGUUCGGAUGAUUACUGGAGAUACAAAGUUAACGCAGGAGACUCUUUGCGUUACUUCUGGAUUUGGAUUAACCGAAGAGAACAAGCUAUCGUCAGUCCUUCAAAUGGUGUGUGUCCCAAUUAUACCUUUGAGCGCGUGCAAGAAAAUUUAUAGCGGUUUGUAUUUAUCAGAUGAAGUACAAAUUUGUGCUGGCUCGUACGGGAAAGAUAGUUGCCAGGGUGACUCGGGCGGUCCACUGGUAUGUAAAGGUAUUUUAACCGGUAUAGUAUCUUUCGGUGCUGAUUGUGGUUUAAGCCCCGGCAUCUAUACAUCUAUCGCAAGCUACACUACCGGUGGCGCUAACAUAAAGUAUUUGUUUGGUCUCGGAGCCAGUAGAGGGUCGUCCAUUAAUCACGUGAUGUUUUUACCAAUUUUAACCUCCUGGUGA